AUACCAUUGACCUUACCGACAAACAAGAAUCGAAACAAUCUAACAAUAUGGACCGGUUAAUUCCUCUCAAACUCGAGAACGGUCCUGCUACAAAGCCACGUACAACUCCGCCAUCAUCACCCUCCUUUCUGUCAAAAAUCUCCAAAAUCUUCGAAAGCGUCAAGAAAAGCACGACCCGGUCCUGUCAGCGAUUUGACAAUAUUGCCCUAUACCCCAGAGGAGUGGAAGAAAGUCAUGGAGGAGGUCAAAAUCCUAUAUUCGAAGGGACAGUACAAGCACUGUGCGGUGCGAUGCAAACAGAUUCUGGACAAUGUUAAGGAUCCUCACCAAGUACAUCCUCUGUACUCCAUCUACCUUUCCUUUUUCGCUGCCAGCUCCCUGGAAAUGACUGCUAGUACUCUCCACAACCACUCCAGCAACAAACUUCCACUAUUCCAAGAAUCACUCUUCUUCUACAAGAAAGCCCAAUUCACUGUCGACAACGUAUCCUUCCACACACCUGCCACAAGUCACCACUCCAACGCAUCCAUCACCUCCAGCGUCCGCUCUUCAGUCGACUCCAUCUUCUCCUCACCCACCAAUUCAGCUCGCUCAUCCGUCGUAAGCUCACCAACAGACGACAACUCCCUCCCGACUCACAAACGCACCAUAUCCGCCUCCUCAAGCUUCUCCAGCCUCUCAUCCAACCGCAAGAAGAAAGUCUCCUUUUCCAUCGACAUCUCAACCUCCAUGUCCUCAGAUGAAUCCGAACAAGAAGCUCCCCCAGCGAUCGAAUCCUCGCUCCUAGAUUCCUUCCCUGCUCCACCCACUCAACCAGAUCCUACGAUUACCAGCACCAAGGAUUUACAGCUGCAGGAACCGCAGAGCCUUUCCAUUUAUCUCCUUACGCAGUCUAUUGCGAGAUAUAAAUCGCACCUCCGAGAUUUGUCGAUACAGCUCGAGUACCAUAUCUCGAGCAUCCACUCGCAAAUCGGGCAUUUAUCUUUAGUUCGGAAGGCUAGGAGAAGCAACUUGCCUACGCAAUUUAGCGAUGCUGAAGAGCGGAGUUUUGGAGCGAUGAGCGGGGUUAGUAGAGAGGAGAUGUUGAAGGUUGAGUUGAGGGAGCGGAUUAGGAGGCUGAAGGAGACAGGGUGGAAGAGAGAGAGGUUUGAUGGGGAGAGAUACAGGGUGCUGUGUGAGAAGGCUCUAAUGGAGGCUAGGGAGCGUUGAGAUGGAUUGAAGAAGUGAUGAGUUUCAUUUUGUACGAGAUAUGACCAGAUGACACGAGAACAGAUCGAGAUGAGAUUGAUGGCUGCCAGAAUGGCAUGAAUAUACCUAUGU